AGACAAGUUUCCUUACCUCUACCAUACUACAACUUACGCCCCUGUAGACCAUUGACGGAUGGGUUCUACAUAAGUUCCAAAGAAAAAUCCAAAGUCAGUCAAUAUUUUUUCGGUUUAAAUAAAACUUUACUCCCGAAUUAA